UCCGGAGCACAAGUCAGUUUUGCCGAUCCUGCUCCCUCUGUCCCAUUCCCGUUGUCCUUCCUUCUGUGUCUGAGCUCUAAUCACGCUCCGGGAAAGCCUUCCUCAGUCCAGGAUAAUAACUGCUCCCAGGAGGACUGCAGAAGACCCAGAGGAUGGACAAGAAAAAUAAAAUGCAAGCAGAGAAGCACCUCACGGGAACACUGGUGCUCUCCGUCUUCACUGCCGUGCUGGGCUUCUUCCAGUACGGCUACAGCCUGGGCGUCAUCAACGCUCCCCAGAAGGUGAUAGAGGCCCACUACGGGCGGGUGCUGGGGGUGGCCCCGGCGGAGAGCCGUGCCUUCAACGCCUCCGGGGCCGACGGCGGCACGGCCGUCCCCAGCCCAGAAGCGUGGGAGGGCUCCGGGAGCACAGCAGAGCCCGAGGCGAUGGUGCGGGACGCCGACCCCCACCCCAUCCUCACCAUGUACUGGUCCCUCUCGGUGUCCGUGUUCGCCGUUGGUGGCAUGAUCUCUUCCUUCACCGUGGGCUGGAUCGGUGACCGGCUGGGGAGGGUUAAAGCUAUGCUGGUCGUGAAUGUCCUUUCCAUCGUUGGGAACCUCCUCAUGGGGCUGGCAAAAUUCGGACCCUCUCACAUCCUCAUCAUCGCCGGGAGAGCCAUCACAGGCCUGUACUGCGGACUGUCCUCCGGCCUGGUGCCCAUGUACGUCAGCGAGGUCUCCCCCACGGCCCUCCGAGGAGCACUGGGAACGCUGCACCAGCUUGCUAUCGUCACGGGUAUUCUUAUCAGCCAGGUCCUUGGACUAGACUUUCUGCUGGGCAACGAUGAGAUGUGGCCCGUGCUGCUUGCUCUGUCUGGUGCGGCUGCUCUCCUGCAGUUCUUCCUCCUCUUGCUGUGUCCUGAGAGCCCCAGAUACCUUUACAUCAAACUGGGAAAAGUGGAGGAAGCUAAAAAAAGUCUGAAAAGGCUUAGAGGAAACUGUGACCCGAUGAAAGAGAUUGCUGAGAUGGAAAAGGAAAAACAAGAAGCUGCUAGUGAAAAGAAAGUCUCCAUAAGGCAGCUUUUCACCUCUUCGAAAUACAGGCAGGCAGUCAUAGUGGCGCUGAUGGUUCAGAUAUCCCAGCAGUUCUCAGGAAUCAAUGCGAUCUUUUACUACUCUACAAACAUUUUUGAGAGAGCUGGAGUUGAUCAACCAGUUUAUGCAACCAUUGGCGUUGGAGUGGUGAACACGGUCUUCACUGUUAUCUCUGUCUUUCUUGUGGAGAAGGCAGGGAGACGCUCCCUGUUCCUGUCUGGUUUGAUGGGUAUGUUGGUAAGCGCUGUGGCCAUGACGGUUGGACUUGCACUCCUGAGCCAGUUUGCCUGGAUGAGCUACGUUAGCAUGGUCGCAAUCUUCCUCUUCGUCAUCUUCUUUGAAGUCGGACCUGGGCCCAUCCCCUGGUUUAUCGUAGCUGAACUGUUCAGCCAAGGCCCUCGCCCUGCCGCCAUUGCGAUCGCUGGCUUCUGCAACUGGACCUGCAACUUCAUCAUUGGAAUGUGUUUCCAGUACAUUGCAGAUCUGUGUGGACCAUAUGUGUUUGCGAUCUUUGCAGCUCUGCUUUUAGCCUUCUUUCUGUUUGCAUAUUUUAAAGUACCAGAAACAAAAGGAAAGUCAUUUGAGGAGAUAUCAGCUGUGUUCCGCCGCAAGAAGCGCUCAGCCAUCAAAGGUGCCAAAGCCAUGACUGAGCUGGAAGACCUGAGAGGCAGCGAGGAGGCCUAGAAACCACAACAUGCACAAAAAGAAGGGAUUAAGCAUGGACUUUCCUUAAACACAACGGAAAGAACCUUAGGCAAAAGUAUCAUUUCACAAAAACCUUGCAGCUGACAAACCAGGAAGAUAAACCAGUCUGAUGCCUUCUGACCGCUGUGGCUGGCAACAUUUGCACCUUAGAGCUGCAGGUGCUAACCUGGUAUUUUACUCUAAAAUAUUCCAUAUAACUGGGCUCCAGAAAGAGCCACGGGAAAGAACAGAAGAAAUAUGUUACAUGUACGUGUUCAUGCCCCACUGAAACAGCCCAGCAGGAUAAUGAUCUUACUAGCUGGCUGAGCAUAUAUAUUGAACGGGGUCAUAAAUCAGAUGGAAUGAAGGAAAGAGGGAUUGGGUGAUUCUGUAUUCUUAUGUUUUCACCUUUUCUUCUUGGGCCUGCUGCUUCCUUCUGCUGAGUGAUCUGAAGCCUUGGGAACCAAGUGUUACUGUAGUUGUGUUAUCAGCACAAAGCACUGAUCACAUCAGGUGCUAAGUAUGAUAGACUGAGCAAAGUCCUCCUUACUCUUACCGGUACAGAGGAAGAAGGUGGAUCCCAUUUGAAUUGGUUGGGAUGCACACCACUUGCUUUGCUGUCUAAGCAUUAUGGAAGCGGUGCCCAAUCUCAUAAGAAUUUCUCGAGUCCCAACGUGUUUGAGGAGAAUCUUAGAAACUCUGGCUGUAUUGAAGUGCACUGUUUUUUUGUUGUUGUUGUUGUUGUUUUAGCCGAACUAUUUAACUGCUCUUUCCUGUCAGAAAGGCUCUCUCCCUUAUCCUAUCUCCCUUAUCUCUGCUCUAGCACAUGACACGGGCAUGCCUGGGCACUCCUGGCCCAGGUCCUGCUGCCAUCUCUCACAUGGUGUGACCAUUGCCAGGUCAUCUCCCCUCGCUGCUCCUCCUUCCUCACCCUCUUUGCCUACCUUCCCUAUUUAUUUCAAGCAGGGUCUCCCUCUCUGCUUUUGUACAAUGCUUAGGCCCGUGGGACUCCCCUGUACCAUAACAAUUAAUAAUAACCCAAAGGGUAAAUUGGUACAGCACCAUUAACUGCAAGAUGCUCUACUGAUUUGAACGCCGCUUUGCACCAUUUAUGGUUUUGCUGGCUGGGGUGUGCUUCAGCAAAGAUAGCAUGCAAGGAGGAGGUUGUUUUGCUUCUGUAUCUUUAUUUGUACUCUUUUUGCUUCUUUAUGAGAUACUUGCAUGUGAGAAAAUCAAACUGCAACAAUUUUUCUUCCUGUUGGGGUGAUAACGUUGGAACCGUUGUAAGAGCCUGCUGUUUGCUGGAGCUCUUAAGAUUGCAUGUUCUUUGUUGUGAUACCAGGAUACUUUCUAGCAACUUUCUCAGGAGAGAAAUCCAUUAUUUAUUUAGUGAUGAACACUAGCAUUGCUCAGUCCCUGGGAGCGCAUAACGACAAGGUGAAGCAGUAACAACAGGGUAACAGAGGAUCAAACAUAACGAAAAGCAUCAGAACAGAUGGGCCAAGGAGGAUGCACGUGGCCCCGUUGUGUGCACUGCAGUAAUGAUACUGCACCAAAGGCUUUCCUGAAGCGACUGCUGGAUUUUACUAGAGAAGAAUUGGGUCAAUAGCUGUCAUAAGCUACACAGCGCAGGGAACUUGGGGCUGAAACUGUACAUGUAGAGCGUGUAAAAGCCAGGACCGUGGGCUGCAGUGUACAGGAGAGAGCAGCAGAGCUGGGACACAGGCGCUGCGUCAAACUGUCCGAGUUUGUUUACAGCGUACAGGUUUCCCUGGAAGUGACUAGCUGAGAUGGCAGACUCAGAAGCUCUCUGUGCUGUCUAUUGCAGGCAGUUAAUUAUUAUAAUGGACUUUCUGAAUGUAAAAAAGGAAAAAAGAGAGAGAUGGGUUCUUGCUUUCAGCAAUGUCACCUAUGUCUGUUACAUAAAAGUGACGAUGAACAACA